CCGGCUUGUAUCGUACAAGGACCCCGACCAUGGGCACCGGACUAACAACGCUCUUCCUAGCACUUCAACUACUGCUAUUCCUCCACCUGAGCGAGGGCGGACGAAAUCGGCCUGCCGCUAGGAAACAAUACUUUUACAACUGCUUCCCACCAUGGCACCAACAUUGCCAAACGAGUGGAUCUGCCAUCUUAAGAAGGCGUACUGGUGGCAAGCCGGUCAGGAGGCGCCCCCUACCGGAGUUGGACGCCUCCGCGGCGGCUGAGGACCGCUUCGCCCACCGAGCCGGGGACCUUCAGGAGUGGCUGUCCGGCGGAACGUUCACCCUCCCCCGAGAGACUGACGGUGAUGGUUCCGGUAAUGACCGCGUUGCGGCGAUGGGUCCGACCCUGCGCCGUCAGAUCCUGAACCGCAUCGCCGAACUCAAGAUUCGCUCCCAGCGGCCCAACAACGAAGAACAGUGAUGGCACACUGAGCACGGAAACAAUCCCUUCUUUUACUGCCACAUAACAAGAUAUUUAUGAGAUUUGACAACAGAGACAACGUAUGAUUUUUAAAGAGGUCAACCCUAGGAAGUUAGAAUUUAGAGUGAGCAUUUUUUUACGAAGUUUAUUUAUUAAA